AUGUCAUCCGCCCGCGCCCUGCAUCUGUAUACCCUACUAUCCGACUAUAAAAUACAGUUGCCACCGCUGAAACGAAAAUCGGGUAAAAAGGAGAGCUUCGAUCAUUUGGAUGUCUGCUUUACGCGCAGCAAUCGCGGCAACAAUUUGCUGACCAUCAAUGGGAAGCCCUUCACCCUGAACCGGCGCAUCAAGGAUGCCUGCUACUGGGAGUGCGUCAAGCUGCGCUGCAAGUACAUCAAGUGCACGGCGCGCGUGGUGACCAAGUCGAAUCAGAUCUCGGCGCUGCGGGGCCAGCACAAUCAUCCCUAAAAUGAGCGUGUGUCCAAAAAGAAAAUACCAAGAAUCGAAUAAAUAUGAUUUGCGUUUAACUUAAACAAAUA